AUGGGAAACAUCGCUCGCGCACGCUCACCACUCGGCGCGUUUCCGGUCGACAGUACAUCAUUUUCUCACAGCCGGACUGCUGUUGGUGACAGCGUGGCACGUUCUACUGUUCCGUAUUCCCACUCAUCUGAUGGUUCACUUGAUGAGGCAAUUACUGCUGGCAUACGUCGCCGAAGGACAGAUUCUGCUGCUGGCCAGGAUGACCCAACAAUCCUUAUGCCCUCGCGCACAAAACGGCUCAAAUUGUAUGUGAAGAAGAUGGCCGAGGAGAACGAUGUCUCAGAAAAGAGUCUCUUUGACUUUAUUGAUACCGGAGGAAUAUAUUACAUGCUCAUUGAUCUCAAAGUGUCUAUGAUGAAGAGUGAUACAGGCCGAAAGGCUGCUCUUCUCCUUGAUUUGAAAGAGUUGCUAAACUCUAAAGAUUUCAAAUCCGCACUCCAAAAUCGUUUGAUAGCAUGUCUAUUGUCACCAAACAUUACCGCAUAUGUGACGGACACACAUCCCCACAUCAUGAAUUUCAUCAAGGACAACAGUGGCGUAUUCAAAGUUCCACCAUCGCUGUUUGAGGAUGUAGAACUGACUGCAAUAUUGGCGAAAAUUGUCAGUGAGCUGCUUUCAUCAAUUCGCAGUAACAUGAAGAGCAAGUUACUCGCGUCUAUCCGCAAACGCAUGAGCAUCAUGGACACAGCAAAAUCACUUGCGCAUGGCUCUAUCGAGGUUGACUCCGCUCAUUGGAACAGGCUUGCAUUUUUGAAACAGCAUGGUUAUGCAUGGUGGACUCUAGUCCUUGAUGGGUGA